UCUUUAAAACAAUUUGAUGAAUAUCAGAACGUUUUUAUUUGGUCACUUUUCAACCGUUUUAAAGAUUACAGCAUUGAUAUUUACUAUUUUUAAUGAGUUUUAAUUUGUAAAUCGUUGGCCGAUUAAUAAUUGUGUUGACAAUUUCUCAAACUUCGUGCACGUUGCGGCUUGUUUGAAUUGAUCUAUAAAUAGCUUUUGGUUGUCAAAAUGAAAUAAGUCGGUUUACUGAAUAAAAUAUCUUGAGAUGCAGGAUCAAACAGGCCCACUCACAUUGAUGAGAAAUGUGCAAGAUCUGAGACAACGAUUAGCUGAAACGGAAAAUAAUCUGAAAAAAAUAAAGAGACUUGAAAAAGUGGAGUUGGAUGAGGCAGAGUCAGUUGCAUCUUCAAACAAUGAGGACUGCAUUAGAAGACGCGUUCAAAGAUUAGAAAAGAGAUUUGAUGUAAAUAACUACCCUGCAGCCAUGAAUAGAGAUGGAGUACUUCAUGCAUCAUUACUACAACGUGAUAGUGGGACAAUUGCUGAUGAUUUUCUAGACCGAGAGAGUGUUCGGUCAGGUCUGAGUACUGUACCUGAUUCUUACACUGGUUUCACUAACAGACAGUUUCCUUCUAGUACACCAAAUACCCAACGUGCUACUACUGCUAGAGGACAGAUUGAGGGACACUAUGAUUCAGAAGAUAGUAAUUUUGACAGAGGUAGAUUAGACACUAAAACCAGAGAAAACAAAGAUAAAGUUGUGCGUCAAAAUCAGCGUUUACUAGCUGAGGUUGAAAAAUUAGCUUAUGAAUUACAAUCUGCUAAUUGUAAGAUUCGAGAGUUAACUAGAGAAUUAAAGUCUGGUCAACAAUCAAUACCUGAACUAGAAGAUAAAAUAAUUGGACAACAGUCAGAAAUAGAUGCUUUAGAAAAGGCUUUAAGGAAAGCUGAAGAAAAUUGUGAUGAAAAUCAGAGACAGGUGGCUAGUGUUGAAAAACAUGUCGGUAAUUAUAGAGAUGAGGUUGACGAAUUACGAUUACAGUUAAAUAAAGAACGAAAAUCCCGAAAAUAUAUUGAGACCCAGAGAGAUGAAGCUUUACAGAAUUUUCUCGAAACUCAGGAAUCAUUGGAAGAAUAUCAGAAGAAAAUGAGAUUAAAGGUUAAAAAACAAGAAGAAGGUGAAGAUUAUAUAAGAGAUAUGUUAGAUCAAGUUAAUAAUGAACGUGAUGAUUUAUUAGAACAAUUAGCUACCAUGACAUCUACUCUACAAGAUCAUGAAGAAGAAAUAAGACGACUACAAACUCUAGAAGAAGUUGAAUCAGAAACAAAAACAGAAAUGGAGGAAGAAAAUACAGAACUCAGAAAACAGAUUGCAAAAUUAUCUUCAAAAAUCAAUAAGUUACAAGGUGAAGGCAAUAAUUAUGACACUCUUCAGAGAGAAAACUCCAGAUUAAAAGAUCACAUGGAGCAUCAGGAAAGACAACUCUUACAAUUACAGCAAGAAGUUGAAGAAAGUCGAACCAUGUUAGUUCAAUUAGAACAACUAGCUGAUACCGUUCAACAAGGUGCUUCAGGGAGAGAUUAUUCAGGAACGAAUGAUAGUGGUUUAUCUAGUUUACAUCAACAUAGUAAUUCACAUAGAAACAGUGGACCAACUGUUAGCUUCUCUAAAAGUCUUACUGAACAAAAACAAACAUCAUCUAGACCAGCUAAAUCUAUUGUAUCUGAAUUAAGAGUAAAGUUGGCAAUGAAAGACUCGGAAAUACAGCGUCUUCAGGCAUUAUUAUAUGAACAUGAAUCUAAUAACAAUACCAGCAUUAUACACAGUCUUAAAACAGAAAUAAAUCAUAUGACAGAGAAACAAAAAGAAGGAGUUCAGAAAAGCCGAGAACUAGAGUCAAUUAUAACCCAGCUGGAGACAGAUAAUACUAGAUUACGUGAACAGGUUACAGAUCUACGCCGUGACAUGUCAGAUAGAGAAGGUUUUAACAUGUCACUUGACACGAGGCUGGCACAACGUAAUUCACAAAUUAUAGAACUACAAGAAGAUAUCAAUAAAAAAUGUAAUGAUAUCAGCCAGCUAGAGAGGGAGCUUCGUAAAAAGAAUUCUCAAGUAACAAGUGUACAGGAACAGCUAGAUGAGAAGUUAAGAGAAUAUUCAUCUCAUAUUGCGAGAUCCAAACAGUUAGAGGAAGAGAUAAUUAGUCGGGAUGAGGAGAUCACAUCGCUACAAGCAGAGGUGCAAACAGUACAAACAGAUGUGCAGAAACUUCGUAAAGCAUCUGAAACUGCCAAACAAACUCAUAAAAACCAGUGUUCAGAAUAUGAGAAACAAAUAGAAAUGUUACAAGAUGACAAUGAGAGAAAAACAAGUCAGGUUAAAAUAUCAGAAAAACAAGUGAAAAAAUUACAAGAUGAAGUCAACUUUAAAACACAGUCACUUGAUGAAAUGGAGAGACAGUUAGAAGAUCUAAAAGAAGAAAUGUCUGGAAAAACAAGACAAAAUCAGUCAGCUUUUCAUAGACUGGAAAAACAAACAGAAGAGCGUGAAGCCAAGAUAAGUCAGUUGGAAUCCACCUUACUAUUAUGUAAAGAUGAAAUCAGCAGUUACAUAGCAACAUUGGAUGACUCUAAGCGUGCCUUCGAAAGAGAACUGUCCAAGAAAAAAGAAGUGAUAUCAGAUCUAGAGAUUCAGUUACAAGAGAUGAAAUAUGAAGUAGAUGAUAAAAGACGAGAGAACGUAGAAUAUGAAAGGAGUAUACUAGAAAGACAGACCAUGUUACAACAACAAUCUGUUAGAAUAGCAGAACUAGAAGAUAAUCAAACUGAUUUACACAGACAGGUUGCCAGAUUAGAACAGGAAUUAUUGAAGACUCGUUGUUCAAAUAAAACAGAGAUUGAAGAAUUAGAGAGGAAAUUACAUCAAGCUUGUCUUGAUUUAGAACAAAAAACGAAAGAUGUCAAUGAUCAUUUACAUGUCAUCAGGGAUUAUCAGGAAGAGAAAAAAGAAUUGACAUCUGAACUGCAAACAGCAGAAGAGAAACUGGAAGAAGAGCAGAAAGCUAAUAGAGCAUCUGGUCCAAAGAUAAGCAGAUUAGAGAAAGAAGUGAGAGAUUUACGUGUUCAACUUGAACAGAAAAUAGAAAUAAUUUCUGAUUUUGAAGAACAAAGGAAGAUGAGAGAAGAAGAUAUGAGUCAACAACUUGGACUCGUUUCUAAUUUGGAUUCUCAUAUUCUGAAACUAAAGGCUGAUAUACACAAAACAGAAGACAGUAAAGCAGAAUUAGAAAGACAGUUACAGAAAAUGAAAUACGAAGCUCAGGCUAAAUCACAGUUACUGGAUGAUACACAAGAUAUGCUGAGUAAAACAGAGAAUGAAUUAGGGGAAAGGAAUAUAGAAGUGGAUGAAUUAAGACAAUCUCUAGAUGAAAGACAGAAAGAACUGGAUGAACGCGUUCAACAGUUGAAUACAUUGAGUUGUACUAUAAAAGAUACACAUGAGGAAAUGGAGAAGAGAAUGGGAAAAUUAAACGAUACAUUACAUAAAUAUGAAAUAGAAAUAAAAGACAGAACGAAACAAAUUGCAGAUUUAGAUGAUACAUUACACCAGACACGUAGUCAAUUACAGGAAACUACGUUAAACUGGAAACAAGCAGAUCAACAGGCACAACGACAACAGAUUGAAUUACAAGCGACGUCAGCUAAACUAUCAGAACUACAAAAGAUGACUGAAAGACAGAAACACAGAUUGGAAGAGCAAAAAGAAGAGAAUGUUGACAUUACACAGGAGCUUAGAUUAACCAGGGAACAGUUACAACAGCAGCAUGGUGAAUUAAUGUUGACCAGACGUGAAUUAGCUCAAGCAAAUCGUGAACAAGAAAGGUUAAUGCGAGAACUAGAAGAUACUAAUGUAGCAUCACAGAACCAAGAGUCUGAUACUGUGAGAUUAGCAGAAGAACUGGGAACAGCGAGAGCUCGAGAAGCUUGGGCUGAGACUAAGUUAACAGCAGAAGUGCAACAACUAACUGGUGAAUUAGAUGAUGCUCGAUUUCAACUAGAGAAGGAGGUAUCCAAAGGGAAAGAUUCUGAAAAAGAAAUAAAGUCUUUAAGAAAUCAGCUAAAAGAAGCUGUUGAAAGUAAAAGGAGAGAAGUAAGUGAACUGGAUGAAGACUAUAAAGAUCAGUUAAUUAAAGCUCAUGAUGAACUAGAUUGUCUACAGAAUGAAUUAUUGACACGCAAACAAGUUAUAGAUGUAGCCAAUGAAACUAUAGUUAUAAAGGAAGCUGAAAUAACUCGUCUACAGACUCGAAUAUCUGGGUAUGAACGAGCUGCAUUAUCUCAAGUUUUGGAACCAAAAGAAACAGUGAAACCAAAAGCUAAGUAUCCCACAUCAGUCAUUUCCAGUAACCAACAACAACAAGGGCAAAUUACUCUGACACAAACAGAACCAGAAAGACUCACAAAUCAAAAUGGACAAAGUGAAAGUGAAACAGGACAUAAUGGACGUGCUAUGUUUCAAACUCAAAAUUUUCAUCAAAAACAGUUUUAUAUAGAAGGAUUAAGUGAAAUUUCCGGUGAAAAUAUUCUACCUCCCCAUAUUGCAAUGAACAGAGAAAAUCCCAGUUUUCAAACUUUGUCAAAUAGUUUAGAGCAAAGGCCACCAGUCAGAGUAUUAAAUUUUGAUGGUGAACAAACUACGAACCAUUCACAGGCAUUGUUACAAAUGAGUAAUGGAUCAAUGAUACUACCUCAUCCUAGCAACAGAAUACCAGAGUCUGGUGAAUAUCCUUAUAUUCAUUGUGAUCCAGUUACUGCAGUAGGUGUUUAUCAAACCACAGAAGAUGAUCUAACAUUGAGUCCAGAAAAUUGCUAUCAAGAUAUUAGAGAAAGAUUACGAUGUAAUGCUUUACGCCAACAGAUGAUUGAACAUGAAUUAAAGAUGAUGGAUAGUGAAGAAAAUGUUGACAUGGAUUUAGACAAGUCUACAACUGUUUAAUAUAAUAUCUUGUAUAGUACAGCAGCACCUUACUAUAGGUGGACAGUUUCAGUGGUAGUCAAGGGUCAGAAUUCAGCUUUUCUCAAUCGCUCCAUUUACUACAAUGAACCUUGAUCUGGAUAUGAGGUCCCAUGUGUAUACAGUGUCAAAAGUUUUAGGGACAUUUAUGUACAUAUUACUAUUGGUUGAGAGGAAAAAUGAAUUUCACCUCAUAUUUGAAGUAUGCAGAAUAAUGGAGCAAGACAACAAUUGCCAUAAGUAAUUGUGUGAACUGUAUACCCACCCAAAUAGCCAGACAGCUGGCAUAAGGCUAUUUUGUCCAGAUCACUAUACACUAAGUCGAUGUGAAAGAGAUCAACAAAACGUUCACCAACUAAAUUUAGCAAAAAAGUCAAGAGAUAUAAACUUAGAUAGACCUACUGCUUAAAAUAAGCCAUGAAAGGAACAGUCAAAUUUUUCUUUACAGGUGUCUUUUAUUUGUAUAAUAAUAAUAAUAGACAAUGUCAGAGAUAAUAACCCAUACAUUUUGAUUUAGUAUAAUUUGAUGCCUUAUUCAAGCCAUAUUCAAAAGUAAAAUUUUACAAAAGAUAUAUUGAUAUAAAGUCUUUAAAUUGAAACAAAUUAAAGUGGAUUAUUAAUAUUAUUGGUAAUAUCUGUGUCAUGUUCAUUAAAUUAUAUAGUCUAAUGGCACUAUAUAGUGAGUGAUAAACUAGUCAGUCAAAAUUUAAUUUAAUUGAUCAGCAACCAAAUAGAAAUCCUAUGGCAUUGAAAUUAGAGCAAUCAGUCAGUCUUAAGAUUGGUAGGUAUUCAUGUUACUUGGUAUAUAUAUAUUGCUCAGCUUUAAAAUGCAAAUACAAUGUAGGUAGUAACAUACAUCUGAAAGAUAUCCAGUAUUAGUUUGCUGAUACAGUCAAUGUCAGUGCAUGUGUACGGCCUGUUUCCCAUGUACACAUUUUUGCAGAGUUUCCGUGGGCGUUUUCACCGGUCUAAUAUGUAAUGGGACCAUUUCCAUGUAAACGGCAAAAUGCGCACAUAGAAAACAGGCUUAAUUGUACAAAUCAUGAUUUUAUUGAGAAUAUUUAAAGUCUGUAUUAUUAUUUAUAUUAUAUUAAAUGAUAUGUUUACUUUUCAAUUAUUUUUUCAUGAUAAAGAAAGAAUACUGUUUUGGUAUGUGGGUAUAUAGCUUUCAAAAAAUUUAUUUGUAGAAUUCAUACAGUUUUAUAAGGAUAAGAACACUAGAAUUGGAUAUUAUGAAUGGUCUGAUUAUAAAUCAUAACAACUGAUGUCUCACCAUAAGUAUUUAUGCAAAUAUUCCUUUAUACGGUCCAGCAUUAAAUAUUCCAGUCAUAUUUUGAAUCAAAGAAAAUGGAACAACUAUUCAGUAUUGAAGUGAUUAUAUACUAUUUAGAUAAAUAUUAUCUUAUCAAAAAUUAAAUGUGCUGAAAUAUAUUGUAUAUUUAUAUAAUUGAUGUGUGUGUAUAUAUAUAUGUUAUUUAUUUCAUGUAAAUAAAAUU